UUGCUGGGCGCCAGAUGUCAAAUAUAAAUCGAAAUUUGAGGAUCAAGAGCGUAGAAACAAUAUAAUUAUGAAGAACAAUAAACUUAUAUUAAAAAAAAUCUGUCAAGCAGAAAGUCAAUACCCCACCCGUGCGUUUGAGGAAAAAUGGAAAAGAAUGCAUGAAGCAGUAGAGCACCGUGCAAGAUACAUUUCAAUAAUUAAAAAAUUGUCUACUGUGUUAGAUAUACAAAAACAAUUAGCUGAGAAAAGUCAAACGAAAUGUUUCUUCGAUAUUGGAGUUAAAGAAGAAAAUCAGAAAUUAGGGCGUAUAGUAUUUGAACUCUAUGACAGUAUCGCACCACGUACAUGUGAGAACUUUGCAGCUUUCUGUCGUGGAGUGAAUGGAUUAUCAUACAAAUACACUCCAUUUCAUCGUAUUGUCUCUGGCUAUUGGUGUCAAGGAGGAGAUGUUACGAAGUUUAACGGUACUGGCGGUACUUCCAUAUACGGUGACUCAUUUGACAAGGAAAGCUCUAAUCUACGUCAUACAGGACCCGGUAUCCUAUCUACUUGCGACAAUGAUAAUGACAAAACAGACUCCAAAUUUAAUCUCACAUUUAAAUGUUUGAGAACUCUAAACGGAAAUAAGACUGUUUUCGGCCGAGUAAUAAAUGGAAUGAACAACAUCUACAAGAUUGAGGGAUUUGGUACGAAGACUGGAAAGCCAAUGAAGUCGGUGAUUGUGUUAAAUUGCGGAGUCCUGUCGACGAAACGCGCAUACGAAGUACCUUCCAUGUUACAAAUAUGAACAAACUGCAUUAUCUUCACAUAAAAUCUCGCGUAAAAUCAUAAUAUUAAAAUUAUG